AUGAGAGAUUUCAAAAGGCUACAAGAGGACCCUCCAGCUGGUGUUAGUGGAGCACCAUCAGAAAACAACAUUAUGGUGUGGAACGCAGUCAUUUUUGGGCCAGAAGGCACCCCAUUUGAAGAUGGUACAUUUAAACUCACUGUAGAGUUCACCGAAGAAUAUCCCAAUAAACCGCCGACAGUACGAUUUGUGUCAAAGAUGUUUCAUCCAAAUGUCUAUGCAGAUGGCAGUAUAUGUUUGGACAUUUUGCAAAACCGCUGGAGCCCAACCUAUGAUGUUUCUUCUAUUCUUACAUCCAUUCAGUCUCUGCUUGAUGAACCAAAUCCCAACAGUCCAGCCAACAGUCAAGCUGCUCAGCUUUACCAGGAGAACAAGCGAGAGUAUGAAAAACGCGUUUCUGCUAUUGUUGAACAAAGCUGGAGGGAUAGUUGA